AUGACCCAAUCAGGCACAAGUCAGCCAGGCCUGAGUCAAUCAGGCAUGAGUCAACUGCAACCAGACCCAAGCAAAUCCAGCAUGAGUGAACCAGGUAUAAGGCAAACAUGCCCAAGCCAAUCCAGCACGAAUCAACAAGGCAUGAGGCAACCAUGCCCGAGCCAAUCCAACACAAGUCAACCAGGCCCAAGACAAUCAGGCAUAAGACAAACAGGCAUGAGCCAAACAGGCAGGAGACAAUCAAGCAUGAGGCAACCAAGUGUGAAUUCUUUCCAAGAAUUGGCUGCCUGUGAAAACAUGCUGGAUUCAAUGAAGUUAACAGCAAAGGAUGUACUCAGGGGUGGCUUUGGGGACCAUCCCCUUUUCUACUGCUUGAUUGCAGAAGUACACAAUCAUCAAAAACCAUUAGGCAAAGUGACUGUUGGAUUUGCCAUGUACUACGUUACAUAUGACCCCUGGAUUGGCAAGUUACUUUACCUAGAGGACUUUUAUGUCAUACAAGCUUACUGA